AUAUCUCUCCGUAUCAUGGCCCACGUGAGACACUUUCGGACAUUAGUUUCGGGAUUUUAUUUCUGGGAAGCAGCACUGUUACUCAGUUUGGUUGCAACAAAGGAAACAGAUAGUGCAAGAUCUAGAAGUGCUCCAAUGUCACCUUCUGACUUCCUGGAUAAAUUAAUGGGGAGGACAUCAGGGUAUGAUGCAAGAAUCAGACCCAACUUUAAAGGUCCUCCAGUUAAUGUCACAUGCAACAUAUUCAUAAACAGCUUUGGCUCUAUUGCUGAGACAACCAUGGAUUACAGAGUGAAUAUCUUUCUUCGUCAGAAAUGGAACGAUCCUCGCCUUGCAUAUAGUGAAUAUCCUGAUGACUCUUUAGACCUAGACCCUUCCAUGUUGGACUCCAUUUGGAAACCUGACCUGUUCUUUGCCAAUGAAAAGGGUGCCAACUUUCACGAAGUUACUACAGACAACAAACUAUUAAGAAUUUUCAAGAAUGGAAAUGUUCUUUAUUCAAUAAGAUUGACAUUAACACUUUCCUGUCCAAUGGAUCUCAAGAAUUUUCCGAUGGAUGUGCAAACGUGCAUAAUGCAACUGGAGAGUUUUGGAUACACAAUGAAUGACCUCAUUUUUGAAUGGCAAGAUGAGGCACCUGUACAAGUGGCAGAGGGACUCACUCUGCCCCAAUUUCUGUUGAAAGAAGAGAAGGAUUUACGAUACUGCACUAAACAUUACAACACAGGAAAGUUUACAUGUAUAGAAGUGCGAUUCCAUCUUGAACGACAAAUGGGAUACUAUCUGAUCCAGAUGUAUAUUCCCAGUCUCCUGAUUGUUAUUCUGUCGUGGGUUUCAUUCUGGAUCAAUAUGGAUGCUGCUCCGGCCAGGGUAGCUUUGGGAAUAACUACUGUGCUGACUAUGACCACACAGAGUUCAGGAUCUCGAGCAUCCUUACCAAAGGUAUCAUAUGUCAAAGCUAUUGACAUUUGGAUGGCAGUAUGCCUCCUUUUUGUGUUUUCAGCACUUCUGGAAUAUGCAGCUGUAAAUUUUGUAUCAAGACAGCACAAAGAACUUCUGAGAUUUCGACGAAAGAGAAAGAAUAAGACAGAAGCUUUUGCAUUGGAGAAGUUUUACCGUUUCUCAGACACGGAUGAUGAGGUAAGGGAAAGUCGAUUCAGCUUCACAGCCUAUGGCAUGGGACCGUGUCUGCAGGCAAAAGACAGUGUGACCCCCAAGGGCCCAAACCGUCCUGUCCAGGUAAUGCCAGAAAGCCCUGAUGAAAUGAGGAAGAUCUUUAUCGACCGGGCCAAGAAGAUUGACACCAUCUCCCGAGCCUGCUUCCCAUUAGCCUUUUUGAUUUUUAAUAUUUUCUACUGGGUUAUCUAUAAAAUUCUUAGGCAUGAGGAUAUCCAUCAGCAAUGA